CGAGUCACAGCGAACGUGUCAAACCUAUUACGCCGGCGGCGGAGGUCUAGGAUUUCUUUUUCUAUGUUUGCUUCCAUCGCUAAUACUAACAAACAAUAGUCACACUUAAUUAAAUAUACUUACUACUGUAAUAAUAAUAAUAAUAAUAUUAAUCUUCUAUUUUAAAAAAACAGUAAAAUAUUAAUAACAACAUAUAAUAUAAAUGUGCUUCUCUCUCACUUAUCCAUUUCAUUUAAGCUCCUUUUCUUUUCUUUUCUUUUUUCUUAUCCUCUCUCUCUCUCUGAAAUAAUGUUGAAAUCUUUUGCUUAACCUUCACCUAUCUCCACCUCUUAUCCUGCGCACCUACUAUCAUCUUCCUUCUCUUCUCUAAUUUCUGCUGCCUUUAGUAGAUCACGAACAAGAGGUGAACCGAAGGGCUAACCGCCGUUAUAUCUUUGCUGCUUCCGUUUGAUGGAGAUAUUGGUGGGUCCCACCUUCAGCAUCGAGGUGUCUUCUCCUCAGGAUAAUCAUCUCCGUGUUGAUUCUGCUGCCCCUAAUUGCAUCUUCUUGAAAGAUGAGGAGGAUGAUGAAAUUGGAGGCCUGAUCUCCACCAGGAUCGGGCCUGGUAUUCGGAUAAAUGAGCUGGACGAUAACUCUACGGAUAGUUCUUCUUCUAUCGGAGCCCCGGAUGAUAGCGACGAAGAAGGAGAGGAAGUUGAUAGCGGCAGCAGUUCCUCUAAAGGAGCUAUUGUUUCUCUGGAUGCACUUGAAGACUCUCUUCCGAUCAAGAGGGGAUUAUCGAAUCAUUUUGCAGGAAAAUCAAAGUCAUUUACGAAUCUAUCAGAUGUGAGUAGCAGUGUGAAUACAGUGAAAGAUCUGGUGAAACCAGAGAAUCCAUUUAAUAAAAGAAGAAGAACGCUGAUGGCUAACAAGUGGUAUAGAAGAAAGUCAUCUUUCUACAGUUGGUCUAACCCUAAAUCUAUGCCGCUUCUUGCCUUGGCUGAAGAAGAGGAAGAAGAAGAAGCACAGCAACUAGAUCAUCGCCGCCAUCAUCAUCAUCAUCAUCUUCAUCAUCAAGAAGAAAGUGAAUCUGAAGAAGAAGAAGAAGAAGACAAUGAAGAGAGUAGUCAUCCUAGACGACAACUGCCAAAACUAUCAAAACUUCAAGACAGAAAGUUCAGGACUAGUUUCAAGUCUCAUAGUUGUUUCUCUCUUACAGAUCUGCAAGAAGAUGAACAGUAUCAAUAAUAAAUUCCUCUUUUCUUCUUUUUACUUUUUAAUUUUUACGCUUAUUCCCACUUUGAUGGCAAUGUUUUAACCUAUAAAAUAAAUAACUAUAUCUUCCUUCUUUUC